GAUGCCAGCAGCAUCGAGGUCUCCCCUUUAGAAAAAAAGAAAAAGAACUUGACAGUGGCGGCCAACUACCCUGGCUUGUCCCUGAUGGAAUUAGAAUGUGACCUCAACGGGUUGCGAGGCCGGGCAGUAAACGGGAAACUUAACAGAAGCAGUGGGGAGCACAUUUUCACUAUGCCGUUGUCCGCACAUAAAGCACAGCAGCUAUGUGUGUUUAAUGGCAACAGGGACAUCACGUCAAAUAAUACAUAAGUGGAACCUGGUGGAUGUAGCGUUCAUUGAGUCGUGAUUAGCCACUUUUCAGUGUAAUCUAAGAUAAAACUUGACCGGAGGGUAUGGCUUCGAGUUCUGGUAAAUCGACGAAUCAACCUACUGGUGCGUGUAACGGGACUGCUGCGGACUUCACCAACGUAGAGCAGGAACUGUACGACUAUCAGAUGCACACGAAAAUGUGUAAGAAAAUAGCGCAGCUUACCAAGGUGAUCUACUCGCUGAACACAAAGAAUGAGGAGCAGGAGGCCACGCUGCAGUCACUCCGCCGCAUCGCCACGGAAACGGGGCAGGGCAGCCUGCAGCCUGCGGCUGAGGGCGAGGAAGGGGAGGAGUUUGUCCUGAGGACACGCCUCCUGGAGCUGCAAGCCUUUGUGGAGGAAGAGCAGAGGAAAGGGGAGCAGACGCAGGCAGAGUUCGAGAUCUUCCGUCUGCAGGUGGAGGAGCGGGACCAGCGGUCCCAGGAAGAGCACGCCGAGCGGGUGGCGCUCCUCACCCAGGAGGCCCUGGAGCUGCGGCGGGACCUGGAGGCGCGCGUGCAGAGCCUGGAGGAGGAGCGAGGGCGCGCCCACGAGCAGCUGGAGCAGGCCAGGGAGGAGAGCCGCGCCCUGGCCCAGCAGUACCAGGAGCUGCGCAGGGAGCACGAGGAGGACAGGAGGAGGGAGGAGGACGAGGAGCGCAGGAGGACAGCCGAGGAAGAGGGCAAACUAGCGGCGGAGGAGAGCGAGAGGCGAGCGCGCGCCCUGGCCGACGAGCUGCGGCAGCUGAGGGAGGAGAGGCAGGGAUGGGAGGAGGAGAGGAGGAAGGCGGAGGAGGAGUGGGAGAGGAGGCUGCGUGAGGUGAGGGAGGCGCACGAGAAGGAGCAGGCGGCCACCAAGCGGUCACUGCAGCAGAACCUCAGCGAGCAGAUCAGCCAGUGGCAGCAAAAGGAGCAGGAGAACCGCAAGUCCCAGCAUGCCGUGCUGCAGCAGAGGCUGAGGAAGAUCGAGGGAGAGCUGGAGAUCAAUGAGCAGAGACUGAAUGAGAGCAAGAGGCACUGCCAGAAAUUACAAGACAAGAUUGAGGACAUGGAGGAGCAGCUGGAGGAGGGUCGUCACAGGGUGCUGGAGUCCGAGGCGGGGGCCAAGAAGGCGGAGGAAGAGCUGGCCGUGGCCAAGGAGAGACUGCUACUGCAGGAGAACGAACUGCAGAAGAAGUCUGAUGAGCUGAUGUCGCAGAGUUCGUCCCAGGUGAAGGUGUCGGCCGAGGUGGAGGAACUGAGGUCACAGCUGAGCCGCCUCAACCUCCGCAACAAGGAGCUGGAGCUGCAGAGCAACGGGCGGAGCAGUGACCACGCGCGCAUGCUAAAGCAGCAUGCGGACACCUUGGCCACCAUGCGGUUGGAGCUGCAGCGGGCCCACGCUGAGGAGGUGCAGCGCCUGCGGCAGGAGGUGGAGCAGGAGAAGGAGCAGGGGCGCGAGGAGGUGGAGGAGGAGAAGAGGGGCGUCCACCAGCACAUGGAGGAGGAGCGCCGGCGCCUGCGCGAGCAGCUCAAACGCGCCCUGGAAGAGGUCAUACGCAAGCACACCGCCGAGAUGCGGCAGGCCUCCGCCUCGCUGGACGCUGAGAAAAAGCGCGGUCAGCAGGAGCUCCUGUCCCAGGCAGAGGAGCUGAGGAAGAGAGGUGAGGAGGAGAGGAGGAGUCUGGAGGUGGAGCGGGAUGAGCUGAAGGCGCGCCUGCAGCUGUCCAUCUCAGAGAUUUCCCGGCUGGAGGAGGUGAUCCGGCAGAAGGAGCGUGAGAGGGAGCUGGAGCUGGAGCGAGAGCGGCAGAGCCGCGAGGCGGCCAAUCAGAGGCCGGUGUGCGGUGUGGAGUGUGCAGUGCUGAGGGAGCAGCUGGAGCAGGCGCACACCGCUCUGGAGCAGAUGCAGGUGGAUGUGGAGGAGCAGAGGUCCAGACUGCAGGGGAAGGUGGUGGCCUUGCAGGCCGAGAGGGAGACCCUGGAACAGAGGCUUCUGGAACAGUCUCAGCAGAACCUGGAGGAGAAGAUCAGGGUGCAGUAUGAACAGCGGUUUGCAGAGAAGCAUCGGUCUGCUGUAUGCGAGUUGCAGAGGGAAAGAGAGACGGAGAUCAGAGAGAUCACUCAACGCUGGCAGAGCAGAGUGGAGGAACUGCAGACACAAUUGGAGGAGCGGAGGAGGGACUCGGGGCCGAGUGAGAGCUCCCGGGAGGCGUGUGCGGGCGAGGGCGAGAUGGACCGUAUGAAGCAGGAGAUCCAGAAGACCAGGGAGCUCAACAGCACACUGCGCGCCCAGCUCCACAACACCAUCCAGGAGAAGGAACGGCUCAUGAGGAGACAGCAGCUCAAGGUGGUGAAAGAGGAGGAUGAGGAUGAGGAUGCGGAGGAGGGCGUGAGGGGAGGCGAAGGGAAGGACACAGGAGAGAGGGACGCGGAGAGGGUGGACGAGGCGCUGCGUGCGGAGCGGCACAGCCACCAGCUGACCGUGGCGGCCCUGGAGGCGAGGGCCCAGGAGGACCUGCAGGCCGAGAGGCAGCGGCUGCACACGCAGGCCAAGCUGCAGCUGGAGAAGCAGAAGGCUGAGCUGACCCAGCAGCACACAGAGUGGGUGAGGCAGGUCACACAGAGACACAUGCAGCAGAUCGAGGACCUGCAGGCUGAACUACGUACACACACUGAGAUGGUGGCGCUACAACAGGACCUGAAGCAGCAGAACCAGCAGCAGUCGUACGAGCGUCAGCUGGACGAGAGCCGCAGCGAGGUCCAGGAGCUGCGGCGGGACAACGGCGAGCUGAAGGAGCGCCUCGGUGCCCUCCUGGAGGAGAGAGAGAGGGAGCGCGAGCGAGAGAGGGACAGGGAGAGACGAGACGCCUCCAGCGCCGAGGACCACCGCUACUCCAGCUCUUGGGAAGAGCAGGAGCGAGGCAAGGAGGGGAAGGAGGAGAGGGAGAAGAGGAGGCAGGAUGUGGACAGCAUGAAGAGAGAUCACAGGAGGGAGAUCCAGACCCUUAUCGCUGCCCAGACGCGCCUGCAAGCCCGCAUCAUCGCCCUGGAAACAGAGCUGAGAGAGCGUGAGGAAAGGACCAGGAGGCGAGAGCCACGACUGGAGGAUCUGCACAACAUCUCUAAGCUCCAGGACAAACUUGCCGAGAGAGAUCAGCUCAUCAAGAGACUGGUGGAAGAGCGUCAUCAGCUGUCUCAGCAUCCUCCUGUGGGUGAUGGAACUCCGAAACACUAUGACAGCAAAACCCACGUCGGCAGUCUGACUCCCACAUUAAAGAAGGUGGUCUUGGAGGAGACCCCUCCUCGGGUCACUAGCGUCCCAAAUCUCAGCGCCUACGAGCGAGGCUACCUGACCCCCGACGCCGGGACGUCCAUGUCUCCCCAGACGGCGCGCUCGCCCAGCUUUGAGCACAGCUCUCGGGGUCUUCCCUUGUCCCGCACCAGCACCCCAAAUUCAGGCUCCACGCUGAGCCCCAACCCGUCCCCUGGCCAGAGACACGGCCGCUCGCCCCCCCAGGAGCUCCCGCAUCAACACCCCACCUACACACACACCAGGACUCCCACAGAAAAGAGAGUGAUUGAGACGGUACCGCCAGAUGGACAGGACCCUCAGAGACAGGAGUGGUUCACUAAAUAUUUCUCUUUCUGAGGAGCCCCGGCGAGAAGCUGCCCCAACUCAUGCCUGACUAUAAUCGUAUACAACGCUCUGUCAUGAAAAAACCUCAAAAGGCACUUCAGUUACCUCAAAGCAGAUCAAAGACUCAGUAUAAACACAUAUGGGGUUGUUUCUGUAUGCGUGUGUGUGUGUGUGUGCGUGUGUGAGUAAGAGUGUGACUGGCCAAAUCAUGCCAAUAUCAUGUGCUUAUUUAAUGCUGAUGUAUUGUGUAUAUUGUGACUAAUAAAAAUACUUUAUUUUUAA